AUGAGACUGUGGGGUCUUCUCCUCUGCCUUGGGACAGCUGCUCCAGGUGUCCUGUCCCAGGUGCAGCUGCAGGAAUCAGGCCCAGGACUGGUGACCCCCUCCAAGACACUCUCCCUCACCUGCUCUGUCUCUGGAUAUUCCAUCACCAGUGGUUACUGCUGGAGCUGGAUCCGCCAGCCCACAGGGAAGGGCCUACAGUGGUUGGGGCGUAUAUGUUAUGAUGGAAGCACUAACUACAGCCCAUCUGUGAAGAGCCGCAUCUCCAUCUCCAGAGACACAAACCGGAACCAAUUCUCCCUGCAGCUCAACUCUGUGACCGCUGAGGACACAGCUGUGUAUUAUUGUGCAAGAGACACAGUGAGAGGAAGUCAGGGCAAGCCCAGACAAAAACCUGAGGAAGAUAGGAGGGUUCUGUCUGAGGUACAGCUGCAGGAGUUGGGCACAAACCUGGUGACGCCCUCACAGACGCUGUCCCUCACCUGUUCUGUCUCUGGGCUCACACUAACCAGCAAUCAUGUUCACUGGAUUCGCCAGGCCCCUGGAAAAGGGCUGGAUUGGAUUGGCGUUAUAUGGACUGAUGGUAGCACAAGUUAUAAACCAAGUCUACAGUCCCGACUCAGCAUCACCAGGGACACCUCCAAGAGUGAAGUCUACUUAAAAUUGAGCAACUCAGUUACUGAGGACACAGCCGUGUAUUAUUGUGCAAGACACACAGUGAGGGAAGUGGCUUGA